CGCUGCGAGCCGCGAGUGCGCCGAGCGAGCGAGCGAGCGAGCGAGCGUGAGCGAACCGACCGUGGCGGGACCCCCCUCACGAUUGUUGUAAAUGGCUGAUCGGAGUCGGAGAAUGAGGCCCGCACAUAGCAGCGCGUGAUUCCACGGCCGAGACGCUGAGGUCUGAGGUACGGACGGAUCCGGGGCCACGCCGGCACGGAUGAGAGUUUAUUUACGACGCGUGGCGGCGUCCGGAGGAACGAGAGCGCGCGCGCGCGCGUCCCGGGGAAUCAUCGCCGUCGUCGGUCGUUGCGUUGUCGGGGCGAGCGCCGCCCCGGUACCGUUUGUCGUUUGUCUCCCGGGGGUUGUUGGUCUCUCUUUCUCUCGCUCCAUCUUUCUUUUUAUUCUCUCUCUCUCUCUCCCUCUCUCUCUCUUUCUCUUUCUUUAUCUUCCUCUCCGUUCCAUCCACGCUAUCCUCGUCGAUUGAUCGUUGCCAAACGCUUACGCGGGCGUCGGAGUCGAGUUGUGUCACACGCGUCGCGUAGAGGAGCGCGUGUCCGGCGAAAUUUGUUUAUAUGACUCGUCGAAAUGUCGAUGGAUGAUCCGCGAUGUAUUCGUGAACAUUGUCGUGUUGAACGUGAUCGACUCGGAACAGCGUCGUCGCGGCGCUCUCCUUCGGCGGCGAGAGACAAGAGUGAACGCGACGGAUUCUUAUUUAUUUAUUUCUUAUUUUAUUUUAUUUGAUCUCAACGAUACACCGAUCAUAUGGUCGCGAGCGUUCCUCCGGGCUAACCCUCGCGCGAAUCGUGCAACGUUAUCCGCCGUGACAGGUGGCGACAGAUCGCGAUUUACCUGGCGCUUUUUCUAGAACGCGAAGCAGGGAUAGAUAAGCGUGUGUCUCUUCCUGAGAUCAGACGCUUCUCAGAGCAUCGAUGAAACAGGGUAGAAAAUGUCAGAACCUGAGGAAAGUCUGGCAGCGCCGGAUAGCACUACAAGGGAACAGCGGAUUGGCUUCUCCCAUGGAGAUGAUGUUCUUCAACAUAAAGAUGGCAAAUUUUACCUUGGUACAGUUGUCGAGGUGGACUUGGCAAGGGAAAGAUGUCUUGUCAAUUUUAUGGACAACACAUCUUCCUGGUCCUCGUUUAAAGAGCUGACAAAGUUGGCUAUGCCAGACUCGGAUGUUAUGUGUGUUCUUUGCAAAAAAUCUCAGCCUAAGACUGAUAAUGACAUUGUCGUUUGUGACAAGUGUGGCCGUGGCUAUCAUCAAAUGUGUCAUCAGCCUCAAAUACCAAAACAAGAGCCAGGUGCGGAUACUCACUGGAUGUGUAAGAGAUGCACGGAUAGCCAGCCGCGUAUGCGUGAACCUUGCGAACCAAAAACUUCUAUGGUUAAAGUAAAUAUCAGAAAAGUUUGCAGCGGUAGGGACCAACCUCAACCACCACCUGACGACAUGACAAAAUUGCCGUAUGAUCCUGAUAUGUUAAGCUGGGAUGCACAUCACAGAGUAAACGCCGAACAAAUUUAUUGUUAUUGUGGACUUAACGGUGAAUGGUAUGCGCAGAUGUUACAAUGUGCUCGUUGUAAGCAAUGGUUUCAUGAGAAGUGCAUCAGAUGCUUAACUCACCCCUUGUACAGUGGUGAUAGGUUUUAUGUAUUUGUUUGUUCAAUGUGCAAUCAUGGGAAGGAAUUUGUUCGGCGUUUGGAAAUGAAGUGGGUAGAUCUGGUGCACCUGAUGUUGUACAAUCUGACUGUUUAUAACGCUAAAAAGUAUUACGACUUGGACACUGUUAUUAUACCUUACGCGAAUGACAACUGGUAUACGUUACAACUUCCACCACGGAUUAGAGAUGUUAGUAUUGAAAUACGCAGGGAAUCGAUAUUGUCGAUAUUGACAAAUAACAGAACCAGAUUCAAGUGCGGUAGAGAAAUAAAGAAACGCACUACAAUAUGGGGCCUCCGUGUCAGACUGCCACCACCCUGUCCAGUCGUCAAUCUUCCAGCAUCCGGCGAAAUAGACGAUUCUGUGUUACGUAGAUGUUGGUUGGGUGUUAACAAAAGACUGCAAUAUCUUCCUCCACAAAUAGGCCCUGUGAGUUUACCAGAAAGUACAAAACAAUUGAUCGCAUUGAGACAAAGCGUGGCCGAAAAUGUAGAAAUUCCUGUGAAUCCCUCAGAUCUAGUAAUGCGAGGUACAAUUUAUCAAAAUUCGGAAGCGGAACAAAGCUCGUGUCCAAGUCCAAGUCCACCCAGUCAAUCGACGCAGUCGUUAAGAGAAAGGUAUAGCGGCGGCGGUUUUGUAAAAAAAUCAUUCCCAUUUCCAAAGUUAAGUUUACAGAGAAGACGUCGUCUAAUGGCGUUAGGCAGUUCACGGGAAAGAAUGUUACGUAAACAUAAAAAAAGGGAGAAAGUGUGCGGAGACGGUACUAUGGGAAAAUCGCAAGGAGUUCGAGAAGCAAGAUACAGAAAAGCGAGAAAAUUAUUGAAAAACGCCAUUGCCAAGAGUAAAUCGCGAAGUUCAGAAGCAUCCGAUUUACCACCAACACCUCCGACUUCUGUUUCUGGACCGCCGACACCACCAGCCGCAACGUCAGGCAUGUCCGAAUUAUCUGUGCCUAGCUCUGUGGAUUUGAUGCAUCCUUUGCCACCUUCGACGCCCGCGGAUACGAGCGGGGAUGAGACCAGCUCAAGAGGGACUCUCGAUUCGUUUAUUCCACCACCAAAAGAUUUUGAGGGAAAAAAUAAUCCGUUCAGUGAUUUAGUGGGCACGCCCUGUAGCCUUAAUCAAGGAAACUCGAGUACGCCGUUACCUUACAACCAGUGUCCCAUCACGUUGCCUCUACCGCUGACACCUGUGAUCUCGCAACCGCCGGUGAUGCGUCCAGCCAAGAGGCAGCUAUCUGAGAAGGAUAUUAUUGUCGACAGAAACGGUCAAGUGAAGCGCAGAAGACAACAUCGACGAGGACGUCCGUCCCAACAGCAGUUACAACAACAAUUUCAACAUACCGCCAGUAAGACGGCGGCUAUUUUACCGGCUCGUAAUAACGAAGUUAAAAGUGAAUUUGCCAGGAAUUUAAGAAGUUCAUAUAAUGGUGCCUCGAGCAGUGCGAGUAGUCAAAUUGGGAAUUGUGUGGAUUAUGCCUUAAAUGGUAGAAGAUUGAGACAGCGUCAAAAUAAUGAUAAAUUACCUCCUCCCGAUUCUCAACAGCAGAGAAAGAGCAGCAUGCCUUCAUCUCCAAAGUGUUCGCCUGUGAAGCAAAGUGCGCCUGACAUAUCUCUGGAUGAUUUGAAAUCAUCGGUGAAUAUUUACUUCGGUGCAGCUAAUAGAAUAGCUGCCGGUGAAAAGUUUGUCAUCAAAGCGAAGAGGAUAGGACCAAAUGGUCAGACACAAUACCUCAUCGAAUGGGAGGGAAUCAAUACUUAACGGUAAAUAAUAAUCCGCUUACUACGAAUAUAUUGCAAUCGUAUACAAAUUUUAAGUUGAUAUCAAGUGUGUAAGAUGGCGAUCAUAAGAUGUCGAAAUCUUGUAAUCAAUUCCCGAUGUUUCACAGCAAAAUAAUUGUGAUGAAUUGUUUUGCGUCAUAUGCACUGCCACUUGUUACGUACAUUUCAUAAAAAUGUAUGUAUUUAUCGGCGUAGAAUAUGUGAAUGUUCUUGUAAAUGUACGUCGCGCGUUUGAAAUUGAAUUAUUAAUCUAAAACUUUUUAUUAUGACUGACAGAUUUUAUUGUUGGAUGCAUCUAUUUUUAUGCAUUUUAUCUAUUUCUAUCUAUUCAUCUAUUUUAAUCCAUAAAAAGCAUACGUUCCAUAUUAAUUACACACAUAUACCUCAUCAUUUGCACAUCUAUUUUAAAAGCAAAUACUAUUUUAAUGAAAUAAGCAGGCGAAAAAAUGCUCGUUUUAAAAAUAUUUACAAGAACAAUCAGAUGUGUUGCUUAUCAAUUGUAAAUAGUGUAGCAUAGUAGACUUGCGGGAGGGAUCGAUGAUGUUAAGCCGCGCGAAAAUGAAAUUCCGUGUGCUUUACGUCCAUUUACAGAACGAUUGGCCAAUCGUCCCUGAAUAUCAGGGAUAAGACCAUGAAUUAUAACAUAAAAAGUGAAUUGUAACAGACAAUUGUUCCUCUCACUUGAACUAAUGUACUAGCGAGAAUGUUAGUAGUUAGUGGUAAAAGAGUAAAACAAAGCAGACGCGCGUAUACUGCGAAGGUUAUUUUUCAAUACACUUGUGUAGAGAUAGUCUCUGUGGCUUCUGUAACUUCAUUGUCUUGGAUUACAUUUUGCUUUCCAAAUAGAUGACAAUAUGAUGCAAAUCAAAAUUUUUCAAGAAAUUAAUUGAUUUAUUACCAUGUAUGUUAUACGUUUAUAUUUACUUAGUUUAUAUAUGCAAAAAUAACAUUGAAUAAUGCAUUAAAAAAAAAAAAAAAU